GGGCUUUGCCUGCGCAGGUUCGAAUCCUGCUGUCGACGGAAACUUCCUUUUUUGUUUUGCGCCACCGCCAAACGCCGCCUUACAAUACCAAACACCGAGCCUCAUUUCUACCCAAUUCCCUCUCCUCCAAGCCUAAAAUAUUUCGCCCCACCCCACAUCUGUUCUCCCUUACCCAAACCCCCCUCAAACCCUAAUCAUCACUUCACACGGAAAUACAUCACACUUCCUUUUAGCGGUACCAUUUCUCUCUCUCUCCUCACUCUUUUUGUUAUUCUCUGUCUCUCUCUUGUUUUAGAUUUUUCUCUCUUAUCUCUCAAUUCUUUCUCCCCUAUAAUUUUGUAUCACCACCCCUUCUAUUUUUCAAUUUUUUGUUUAAUUUUCGCGCGUGAUUGUUCAAUCUCUUUCACAUCGCAAUUAUGGUGAAUUCAAGCGGUUCACCGGAAUUUAUGCUUCCUGUGAAGAGAACCACAGCUGGAGCGGAGCUAGGAUUGGUUGAUUCUUCCGAGCCGACCAAGAAGCACUGCGCCAAUUUAGCAUCCGACGCCGCCUCGUCUAUGGCAGGGGGAAGUAGUCUCAAUGGCACUGUUGCCGUGGGCAACGGCAAAUUGGCUAUUGGCGGCGGCAAUGUGUCGGAGAUAGAUGAGGAUCUGCACAGCCGGCAGCUCGCCGUGUACGGCCGCGAGACCAUGCGCCGCCUCUUUGCUUCCAAUAUUCUGAUUUCUGGAUUGCAAGGUCUUGGAGCUGAAAUAGCAAAGAACCUUAUUCUUGCUGGUGUUAAAUCUGUCAGCCUGCAUGAUGUGGGCACCGUAGAGUUAUGGGAUUUGUCAAGCAACUUUAUUUUCUCUGAAGAAGAUAUAGGCAAAAAUAGAGCUCUUGCAUCUGUAACAAAAUUGCAGGAACUGAACAAUUCAGUGAUGAUUUCUGCAUUAACUAGUGAGAUGACUAAAGAGCAAUUGGCCGAUUUUCAGGCUGUUGUAUUUACUGAUAUUAGCUUAGAGAAAGCCAUAGAGUUCGAUGAUUAUUGCCACCGACAUCAACCUCCGAUUGCUUUCAUCAAAUCUGAAGUUCGAGGUCUUUUUGGUAGCGUGUUUUGUGAUUUUGGUCCUGAAUUUACAGUUCUUGAUGUUGAUGGUAAGGAUCCGCACACCGGAAUUAUUGCAUCUAUUAGCAAUGAUAAUCCAGCUCUUGUAGCUUGUGUUGAUGAUGAGAGAGUAGAAUUCGAAGAUGGAGAUCUAGUUGUAUUUUCUGAAGUGAGAGGGAUGACAGAACUGAAUGAUGGAAAACCGAGAAAGGUAAUGAAUACUAGGCCUUAUUCAUUCUCCAUUGAAGAGGAUACGACAAACUAUGCUCAGUAUGAGAGAGGUGGUAUUGUCACACAAGUUAAACAGCCAAAAGUGUUGAGUUUCAAGCCACUGCACCAGGCACUUAAGGACCCUGGUGAUUUUCUUCUAAGUGACUUCUCCAAACUUGAUCGUCCACGCCUCCUUCACCUAGCCUUUCAAGCGCUAGAAAAAUUUAGAGUAGAGAUGGGUCGCUUCCCUCUUGCGGGAUCAGAAGAAGAUGCCCAAAAAUUAAUAGUGAUUACUGCUAAUAUGAACAAUACUGUUGCGGAUGGUAAAUUGGAAGAAAUUGACGAAAAGCUUCUGAGGAAUUUUGCUUUUGGUGCUAGGGCCGUGCUAAACCCCAUGGCUGCCUUGUUUGGUGGUCUUGUUGGACAAGAGGUUGUGAAGGCAUGCUCUGGCAAGUUCCACCCACUUGUCCAGUUUUUCUAUUUUGAUUCUGUUGAAUCUCUUCCGAUGGAACCCUUGGAUCCGAAUGAUUUGAGGCCCUUGAAUUCUCGUUAUGAUGCUCAAAUCUCAGUAUUCGGGUCAAAGUUGCAGAAGAAACUUGAGGAUGCAAAAGUUUUUGUUGUGGGUUCCGGUGCACUAGGGUGUGAAUUCUUGAAAAAUUUAGCUUUAAUGGGGGUUUGUUGUGGCGAUGAAGGAAAAAUGACUAUUACAGACGAUGAUGUCAUAGAAAAGAGUAACCUUACCCGACAAUUUCUAUUUAGAGAUUGGAACAUAGGCCAGGCGAAGUCUACUGUUGCUUCCUCUGCCGCCACCUUGAUCAACUCACGUCUUCAUGUGGAAGCUUUGCAGAAUCGGGCGAGUCCCGAGUCUGAAAAUGUGUUUCACGACACAUUUUGGGAGAAUUUGAGUGUUGUCAUCAAUGCUCUAGAUAAUGUAAAUGCCAGGCUUUACAUUGAUCAAAGGUGUGUAUACUUUCAGAAACCGCUCUUGGAGUCCGGAACCUUGGGUGCCUUGUGCAAUAUUCAGACGGUCAUUCCUCACCUAACUAAAAACUAUGGUGCUACGCGGGACCCACCCGAGAAGCAAGCACCUAUGUGCACCGUGCAUUCUUUUCCACACAACAUCGACCAUUGCUUAACAUGGGCUAGGUCAGAAUUUGAGGGUUUGCUCGAGAAGACUCCGACUGAGGUGAAUGCUUACCUAAGUAGUCCUAGUGAAUACAUAUCUGCCAUGAAAAAAGCUGGUGAUGCACAGGCUCGAGACAUUUUGGAACGCGUUCUUGAAUGCCUAGACAAGGACAAAUGUGAUACAUUCCAGGACUGCAUUACCUGGGCGCGCUUGAAGUAUGAUCGCAUAUACCUUCUACUAUUAUUGUUAAAUAGGAUCGUUCUAAAUAUUUAUCAGAAGUUUCUAAUUUGUAUUGUUUGUGAUUAUAGGUUCGAGGACUACUUUGUUAAUAGGGUCAAGCAGUUAACCUAUACAUUUCCUGAGGAUGCUCUUACUAGCUCUGGCGCUCCCUUUUGGUCUGCACCAAAACGUUUUCCGCGCCCAGUCCACUUCUCCAAUGAGGAUUCGAGUCAUAUAAACUUUGUCUUGGCAGCUGCCAUACUGCGUGCAGAAACUUUUGCCAUUCCAGUUCCUGAUUGGGUGAAGUCUCCAGCUAAGUUGGCCGAUGCUGUGGACAAAGUAAUCGUUCCUGAUUUCAUGCCAAGGAGAGAUGCGAAGAUUGUGACAGAUGAAAAAGCUACUAGUCUCUCGACUGCAUCCAUGGAUGACGCUGUUGUCAUUGAUGAGUUGGUCAUGAGAUUAGAAUCGUGCAAGCAAAAGUUGCCUGUAGGAUACAAGAUGAACCCGAUUCAGUUUGAAAAGGAUGACGAUAGCAACUUCCAUAUGGACAUGAUUGCUGGUCUCGCGAAUAUGAGGGCCCGAAACUAUAGUAUUCCCGAAGUUGAUAAGCUGAAAGCCAAGUUCAUUGCCGGCAGGAUAAUCCCUGCCAUCGCAACCUCUACGGCCAUGGCCACAGGGUUCGUCUGCCUCGAGCUCUACAAGGUUCUCGAUGGACAUCACAAACUGGAAGACUACAGGGAUACGUUUGUAAAUCUUGCAACUCCCUUUUUCUCGAUGGCGGAGCCUGCUGCAGCUACAUCCGUGAAGCACCGUGACCUGAGCUGGACUGUUUGGGACCGGUGGGUGCUGAGGGGCGACCCGACUCUGAGAAAGUUUCUCCAAUGGCUUAAAGACAAGGGCUUGAACGCGUACAGCAUCUCGUACGGUAGCUGCUUGCUGUACAACAGUAUGUUCCCGAGGCAUGCGGACCGCAUGGACAGGAAGAUGGUGGAUUUGGUCAGAGAUGUCGCGAAAGCCGAGCUGCCUCCGUACCGCCGUCAUUUCGAUGUCGUCGUUGCUUGCGAGGACGAAGACGACAACGACGUUGAUAUCCCGCUUGUCUCCGUAUACUUCGAAUAGGUUGAGUUGCUAUUUAUGUCACUUUGUGAUGGAUAAUACUUGUAUUGUGAAUUCACAUGUUUAUAUUAAACACCUCUGCUCUAUCUUGCUUACUAUGCUCAACUCAACUCAAUUCGUUAACUCGACUUACCUUCUUAUAAAUUAUCCUAUUCUUAUA